AUGCUUCCAUUUCUGGCUAGACUUGUUGCAUACGAAGCUUUCAGGGACUACAAAAUCAUUUACGAGCUUCUCACGAUCAAGCCACCGGAAGGUGAGAUGUGGGUGGUACAAUGGAAGGAACAUCAUCUUGAGACGCCAUUCUUUAGAAGUCAGCCAAGCGAGGAUAUCGGGACUGCCGAUGCCUUUAGCCAUCGACUGCCGUCACUGGGUCUACGAGCAGGAUACCCAACACCACCGAGACAUCAUGAUAUUCUGGCAGAGGGUCUUCACCUUAUGAAUCAAUUCGAAUCUGAAGCCACGCCGGUGGUCUAUGCCGGACAUACCGACCCAAAUACGCUUGCUACACAUUACCUACUCCGAAACGGCGCAGAUGGCCAGGCAGCCUACCACGGCCAGGAGAGACGAAUCUUGGUCCUUGACCUCUUCUGA